UCAAAUAACGCGGAAGCAUUAGAUUUUGUCAUAAAUCCAACUACUUAAAAAUAAUUUUAGUAAUUAUAAUAACGAUUCAAUAAAAAUGGCUGAUGGUGUGAGUACAAUAAAAAUUGCUGAAACUGCGGAGUCUGCGACGCACCCGGUGUCAGUGGACCCCAGCUCGCGUAUAUCUGCCAUGUCACAGAUCAGCAUCGACGAGUCCCGCACCCGCGCCACAUACAACUUCAUGGACAAACGACUCGUUUACAAAGUCAUCGUGGACAACAUCGACUACACGCCAGAGAACAUCGUCGAUCUAGACUACAUCACGAUGGAAGACAACUUCACUCACGCGGCGUUCGAGAAUAGACAAAGGAGGAAGAGUAAAAGCGAAGUCGUCCUCAAAGAAAAGUCUUCCGACGCCGGCAUGAAAGUGUACGCGACCACCAUCUCGCUUGACGACAUCUAUAUUGAUCACACAUACAAUACUGAGGAGGGCGUUGUCGAACAGGACGUCGAUUUAGGACAAGCCCCGUCCGCAUUCUAUUUACCCAAAAUGCAUCCCAUAACCAAAUACCCGCCGGAAAUAUUCGUAGUUUUCAAAGAAACCGAGACGCACUAUUUGUACGAGCUGCCUCGCUCAGCUUUCGAAAAAGGUACAGACGAAGGGAAUAUAGUCGAAGAAGAGAAUGAAUAUUACCAGUACAUAACAGUCGGAAAAGGCAGGAAUAGGAAAAUGGUCGUAGAGGAAACUCAGACGCCACAACGCGUGUGCCAGACUCGGCACACACUGUGCGUGCGGCCCAAGAAGAAGAACGCGAUUGCAUUUGCGUCCAUGUGGGACAUGCAUGACACGUACGCUCGCCUCGCCAAGAUCCAGAAAGAGAAAGAACCGGACGAAAUGGUCAUGUACCAGUCUGCGGCGCCUAACUUACUGCGGAAAAAGAAGAAUGUCGAUGUCGAUGAAGGAAGGGGCAAGACGUUCGACGAGAUCGCGCUGAUGCCGGAGUUCCAGGACGCGGCGCUGCUGGUGGAGCGAGUGCUCGCCGCGCUCGAGUAUGGCACCGCUCAGAAGACUUUCCGUGGGCUUGUUUCCUACGAUCCGCUGUCCAUGGACUUAGUAUAUAUUUACACUUUGCAACCUCUCUGGUCCUUCGAAUGCGAGGAAACUGUCAAUCGGCCGAUCACGAGCAUUUCCUUCAAUACAAAAAAUCCCAAUAUAUUAGCGGUAGCGCAUGGAAAGUUUGGCUAUGCCGAUUACACUACCGGUUUGAUAUGUAUUUGGUGUACAAAAAACCCCUGCAAGCCAGAGAGGACGUACCGUUUUGACGACGCGGUUACGUCUGUCGCUUUUUCUGAAAAGAAUCCAAACUGGCUGGCGUGCGGUUUUGACAACGGAGACGUUUUGAUAUUAGAUAUAACGUCUUACUGGGUGAAGAUCGUAGCGAAGAGCAAGCGCGACACGAAUCCUUGUUUCGAGCCGAUCUGGGUGACGAACUGGCGGGUGGCGGACUCCACGGAGUACGUGAUGACCACGUGUCAGGAUGGCAGAAUCAACCGGUUCACGAGCACCAAAACGCACGACUUCAUCUGCACGCCCAUGAUGCGGCUGUCGACCGUCGAGGGGAAGCUGAAGGGGCUGGAGACGCCGAAGACGUGCCUGAUGGCGGACGUGCCGAUAACGCGGUACCCGGCGGCGCUGUGCAUGAAGUGGCACCCGGUGGUGGAACACAUCUACUACGUGGGCACGGACGAGGGCUGCAUCCACCGCUGUUCCACCAACUACUUGAACCAGCACAUCGACGUGUUCCGCGCGCACGCGGGCCCCGUGUACGGCAUGGAGAUCUCGCCCUUCAUGAAGACGCUGCUGGUAUCGUGCGGCGCCGACAACGCCAUCCGCCUCUGGAUCGAAGGCAUGGACGACGUCAUACUCACCCUCCCCUGCUCGGCCGCCGUCUACGGCAUCGCUUUCUGUCCUAUCAACGCCACGGUACUCAUGUCUGUCAGCGGAAAUGUUCUAUCCAUUUGGGAUUUGCGGCGGAAAACGCACAUACCGUGCGCUGAGUAUUCGUUCCCCGGUAACGUGAUACUGACGUACGUCAAGUUCUCGCCGUCUGGAGACAACGUGUUCGUGGGCGACUCGUCCGGGCGAGUGCACACCUAUCAUCUAGAGGACACCCCGAUCCCGCCCUUCUAUCAGAACAAGAUGUUGGACGAAACGCUGAAAAAGGCUUUAUGUACUCGACCUCAAAUGCUCAGGCAGUUAGAGAAACUCGAGAAAUUUAGGGAACGCCAUUCUAACAAAUAGUAAUUAUUACUUUUAUUUGUGCUUUUUUUUUCAGUCGUGUCCUUAUUAGGAGUGAGGACGGUUUAGGCCCGUGCACUUUUGGGCCCAGCAAUAAAAGUUGUGGUAGUUCGCGUUAUGGCCCGUUCGUAGGUAUAUCAUGUAU